AUGAGAGUUGUCACAGCUCUAAGUAAAUUAGAAUCUGUACCACCAUUCUCCGAAUUUGUAAAAGCUUUUGAUCCGUGCAGCAAUCAAAUGAUUUUAGCUUAUUUAACUGGCGAUCGUCAAAAUGUAGGAAGUCUGAAAAACGGAUUUAGUAAUAAAUACUCACGAAAGGAUCUGAAAGAUAAACGACGACGAUCUCAAUUAUCAGCUUCUCGAACAAUCUUAGAACAAUGCUUAUUCUGA